CGCGAUCACAUCGAUUUUCCAUACGGGUUUCGUUCCUCUUGAAUAUGAAGAGAUCACAAACGGAUCAAAGUGGCAACAGCGAAGGGCUUGCUAGCAUUAAGCAACAUGCUGUUAUCUUCCCCCGAGGCCUUCACCUUCUUGUUUUCUUGUGAUUCAGAAAACACAGGAUGUUGUAUAUAGUUUCUCUAGUGAUUAUUUGGUUUUGGUCCAUUGACAUUGACUCUACCAUAAGAAGCCAUACUAAGCCUUCGAUGCAAUGACGAUGAGCGACUCUUCCCUCACUCUGUCCGCCGUUUUCGUCGGUGUGGCAGUUUUAGCGACUGUUGUGGACAUACUCGCAGAACGUGCCUGGCUGCGUUUGCGACGUAUGAAGUAUGAAGGAAGGAUAGACUUCUCAAAAAAGGCUGGAGGCGAUAGAGUAGUAUUUUCAACGGUAGAUCUACAGAAAAAGGAGAACGACGAGAAACAUCCGUUGAUCGCUACAGCUCCUCCGGCCAGUCAUGGAGCAUCUAUUACUGUCGGAGGAGCACCAGAUGGCGCAGGAGUCAGUUGCUCGGACACACCGGCACUAGUAAGCCAGGACGAAGAAGUGCCGCCUCUCAUGCUGUUACCGAAUCUUUCAGCUCUGUGCGGCAGAAGCAUAUUAGUCAAAUGUGAGCAUUUGAGUGUCGGCGCGUCAUUGAAAGAUCGGAUUGCACAGCGCUUAGUGCGGGAAUGCGUUCGUCAGGGCAAACGAAAGCUUUUCGAAGGCACUUCUGGAUCAACAGGGGUGUCGUUAGCGAGAUUGUGCAAAGAACACAAUGCUAGAAGAAGAAAAGAACUUGAAUUAAAAGGACAUCAUCAUGUCGCCCAUGAUGAAGAAGCAACGCAGGGAAAGGGAUUGCGGGGCGAACACCACGAGAAGGACGGCAAUUUGCUGGAAUGUCACAUUUUUGCUCCGGAGGAUUGUGAGCCGGGAAAGCUGCAGCUAAUGGCCGAAUACGGUGCGAUUGUCCAUCGUUGUAAGCCGACCACUUUCUCCAGUCCUGAGCAUUACAUGCAGCAAUGUCUGCGGGCGGUGCGUCAAUCCGAGCGCGCGCAACCGGGAUCGACGUUUUUCUGUGACCAGUUUGAGACGGAAUUGAAUUGGCGCGAACACUACGAAAAUACUGGUCCCGAAAUCUGGCGACAGCUUAUGAACAUGAGAGGUAGGACACCUGGGAGUGAAACAGAGACUGAGGGCGGCGUGUUGGACGCGUUUGUCAUGUCCGCAGGAACCGGGGGGACAAUUGCAGGCUGUAGUCGGUAUUUCAAGGAACAAACGAAGCUUCUGCGUCAAGGCAAUAAAGAUCAAAGUCAAAGAACUUGUGGUGGCGAUAGUUUUGUUCGCCAGCAAAAUCAGCACAAGAUGUUUGUAGUCCUCGCCGACCCGCAGGGUAGUUCCUUAGCGACGCGCGUUCGCGAAGGCGUUUGCUUCAACGCGGACUACGAACGAGAAGGUCACCGUGCGCAGUUAGUAGACCAGGACACCAUCACCGAGGGGUUCGGGUUGAACCGGAUUACGCAAAACUUCCGGAAGGCUCUUCCCUACAUCGAUGACGCCAUCUCGGUGAGCGAUAAGGACGCGGUGUUAAUGUGCCACUACUUGCGCUACGCCGAGGGACUCUUCUGUGGCAGCAGUUCAGGCGCGCAUCUAGCAGCAGCUUUGCAAGUGGCAGCGAAACUUCCACGUGGAAGUCGAGUGCUGACCGUGUUGUGCGACAAAGGCGACAGGUACCGCAAAAAGUUCUGGAACAAGGAUGUGCUGCGUACGAGAGGUCUCCUUCCUUUCAACGAGGCUGAUGUAGAGGCGGAAAAUGCUUCUAGCUCGAAUGCACCACCUCUAAACGAGAAUGCCGAGAGACUUGCGGACGUUGUGCGCCAACGCUUCUUUCCGGUGUCUUGAGCAGGAAAACGACCCUCCUCCCCUGUUGAAAAGUCAUAACGAUAACUAACAAACCGUGCCCGUUUGUUACGACUCUAACCGUCUUACUUUCAUCUCUUU